CAUGACGUCAUUCACAAACAACUUACAUUAGCGAACAGGAUAAGAAAUGAAAAUCCAAUAUUUUAGCAGAUUUUGUUGAAUUUCUUCUAAGCUACUGACGAUCACUCCGAGAACAGUCUGGUUUUUGAAUAUUUAGGAAGUCUAAGUAAGAGAAAUGGCGAAAAUUUGUUUUUUGUUGAAGAUUUUGCCUUUGUUUUUCGCAACAACUUACGGAACUGAAAUUGAAAAUGAGCAAUUCGUCUGGAAUAAACACCACGAUAACGAUGAAAUGUUAAACAUUAUGAUGGCAGUCAAUAACAAAUGUUCCGAAAUUACAAGACUUUACAGUUUGCCAGAGGUAGACAACAUAGAUAUACCUAAGACGACGGCCAACAACAGUAAAUUGUGGGUCAUUGAAUUUGCUAGCCAAGAGCCGGGGCCUGGAAUACAUGUAAAAGGCAAACCCGAGUUCAAGUAUAUUGGCAACAUGCACGGAAACGAGGUUGUGGGACGUGAGCUUCUCCUCAGACUUAUGGACUACAUGUGUGGUAUAUACAGAGGUGACAGGAAGGCAGAGGGAAAAUUUGAUGAAGAGCAUAUAUUGUGGCUGAUUGAAAACACCCGUAUACACAUAAUGCCAUCUAUGAAUCCUGAUGGCUGGAAGAUAGCAGCAUCAUCAGCAGCAGGUGAUUAUCAGAAUGGAGUUGAGGAUUGGUUGGAAGGACGAGCCAAUUCUGAUGGGGUAGACCUGAACCGGAACUUCCCAAAUCUCAAUGAGAUCUAUUACAGAAACGUUAAUAAUCGCCGUCACAAGAACAACCAUCUUGAUCAACAUUUUGAAAUGAUUAAGCAGGCCCAGGCAAAUGAACCUGGCUUAAAGCUCGAACCUGAGACCAAGAUGGUGAUGUCAUGGAUCCACAGUGAACCGUUCGUCCUGUCAUCAAACAUGCAUAAUGGUGACCUGGUAGCCAAUUAUCCAUUUGAUGAAACACCCGAUGGGAGUGCACACAAAUACACUGCCAGUCCUGAUGAUAAGACAUUCAAGUACCUUGCAAAGAGCUAUUCACUGGCACACAGAGUAAUGGGGAAGAAAGAUCAUGCUGGAUGUGACAAAAGAGAAAAAGACUUUAAGAAUGGUAUCACUAAUGGAGCAGAAUGGUACUCUGUACCUGGAGGUAUGCAGGACUAUAACUACCUGAGUACAAACUGCUUUGAGAUCACGUUAGAACUUGGCUGUGACAAGUUCCCAGCAGCAAAGGAACUACCGUCACUCUGGAAGGAUAACAUAGAUGCACUCUUUAACUUCAUGUUCCAGUCACAUAUUGGAAUAAAGGGGAUGAUAACACUUCCCAACGAGCUGCUAGAUCAAGAUUUUGUAACAGUUAUACGUGUGAGAGAGUACAAUGCUGAAAAAUAUAUAGAUCAUGAUAUACUAGCCACAAAAUAUGGAGACUACUUCAGGCUUUUGGCUGACGGCAGAUACACCGUCACAGCUAUACUUCAGGACAAAGAUGGUAAGACUAUUACAAGUCGCACAACUUGUGUUGAUGUCAGUAAUGAUCCCAUCAGGAGAGUGGAAGCUAAGACUGUUGACUUCGAUUUCACCGAUUCAAACAGUGGCUUGUCAUGUGAGCAAAUGUCCAGUGACAGUCAGGACAGUGACAGUCAAUACAGGGAUUACUACUAUGAUGUGAGGGGCUUUCUCAAGAAGUACCUGAACAGAUAUAUGGGCUCCUAGAUGACACAGGAAGACGAGCAAGGGACCAUCUCAUAAUAUUUCUUAGUUCUUUGCCAGUAGAUUUUUUGGAUAAUCUCAUAACAGUUCUUAGUAGAUGAUUUUUUGUAACACAUUUUGAAUUAGCACACACAUACUAAAUGCCAUUCAACUUGAUAACAUUUGGAAGAGGUUAAAUUAGAAAUCUAUUUUUUUUCCUUACUAACUCUAAAGUUCCACUUAGUUUUCUAAAAUUUUUAAUGUCACUUUAAUUGAAAGAGACACAUGUUUUAUAUAUUUGUUAGCAAGUUAUUACUAUAUUGCAUUUAAUUUGGAUUGACAUUUUUCAGUAUUUUUAUAAAUGAGCCAGGUACAACAAAGGAACUAAUUUUGUAAAAUUUACAUUUUUGUAUCUGUCUAGUAUUAUAAUUUAGCCAACACUAAAAAAACUUAGAAACCUCACAUACAUGUGCAAAGUCACUCCCAUUGUAUACCAUGAAUAAGAAAAUAAUUUUUAGGGGGGAAAAAGACAACAAAAAUAGUGCUAGGUAACUGGAGAAAUAUGUUUUUCAUCUGAAAAAUGCUGUGAAAUAGUUAUUUUGAUAAAGCAGUAUUCACAAUUGAUUUGAGGCCACGACAUGAACUUACACAGUUGAACCAUGCUUUCAACAGGUUUAUUGGUUCUCAGUCAGUAUCAUGGGCUGAUACUUGAUGCUUUAUAACAAAAGAACAAUGGAAAAUAGGGUUUUGAUAGGAUCUGGCAAUUAGCUUUCCCCAUCUUCUGUGGCUCAGUUGGUUACAAAUCUGCAGAUUUGCAGUUGUUAAACACCUAUCACUGUGUAGUAAAUAGCUUUAGAUUUGACCUAAAUUUUCAUUGCCACACUUUUUCAACUAUGCAUAAUAGCAGCUUAUAUAUAGACCAGCACCUCUGUUGUCUGAAUUGAUUACCAUUCUGUUUGUCAUUAUGACCCUCACUAUUUCCCAGCAUUUUCAUAAAUGGAUUUAACAUGCCAGAGUAGUACCUUGCCUUUUGUUUAUUUAAUCAUUUACAUACAAUGUCUCAUACAGAGUCAUGGCCCUUGACUUAGUCAAAAAUGUCAUAUUUCUAUUUUGUAACCUCAGUUUUUUUUGCAGUCUUUGUGAAACAUAUGGACUGAAGAUGUAUAUGAGGAACAAGAGCUUAAUAAUUGGCAAGAGUUAAUACUGUAGUCUGUUUAAUCUAUUGUUUACCAAGAGAAAUAAACAUGAAUGCACUACAGGAGGCUAAGAAAUAUAAGUGAAGUGAAAGUAAAAGAAUCUCAGAUACAAAUAAACAUGAGAUGCAUAAUAUAUUUUUUAUUUUCAGUAAUUUUCAGAAGUUUGUGUUCAAGCAUAAAAGGUUCAUAGAUUUUAUCAUAUAAUUUACUAGUAUUCACCUCAGUAUUUGAGGAAAAUAAAAAUUGGGUACUUUUAACUUCAGUUUCAUUUUAUACAUAGGGUAAAAUCUCAGUGUUAAGUUGUUAACUGUGUAAAUUUUUACUGUGCAGUACAGUACCAUAUGCAUUUAGCACAGUUAAUGUGUACAUUUAUUGUUUGAUCAAUGUAUUUUUAAAAUGUUCUUCAGGAGAUUUGUUUAACAAUGCAUGCAGAUCACUUUGAAUUGAAAUAAAUAACUUUUGAGUUAAACUUUACUACACAGGUUUUUUUGGACAUGUGAUCAAAUUGUAUUCAAGAUGCUAAAAGUCAAAAUUAGUUAAUAUCACCAGGACUUACAGAGCUGAGUUACUUAUAGAAAUAAGUUACAAAAGGAAAACUGGUCUGCUGAAACCAAAACAUAAAAAAAUAAUUAGAAAACCCACCGAAUCUGUUAGCCAGACACGGAUUUAUUUUUAUAGUGUUAAAGUUUGUUAUUGCCAUUUUUAGGAAAUCUAUAAUUAGAAAUCCAGGACAGUUGGGUUUUUUAAUGCCACACAUGUAUUUACUGUCAAUAUACAAUGAUAGAAUGAUUGUCUUUUCAGGAAUAUAAGAAAUCCGCAAUGUCACUGUUUUAGUGUUAAUAGAGUUUAUGUAUAGUGUUAACCUUUAGCCUGCCGGUGGCAAGUGAUUUUGCCCUUUUGACCAGUGUAGGCCAAGAUCAGCCUGAACAUGCGACAGGCAGAUCAGGGUCUGCACUGUUAGCUAUUCAUUCAGUGUAAAAAAUAUUUAGUGAACACCCCUUUGAUUAGUAAGUAGCACUGCCCAAACUGAAUGAUGGACCAGCCCAUUUUAAAAUUUAGCAGGGUAAAGGUUAAUAGAUCUUGAAAUCUAGUUUCUUCUGUAAGAAACCUUUAAGUCGUAAAAAAAUUGUUUGUUUUCGGUAUCCCGACCUACCCUAAAUUUUUGGCCCGACUCUAAAUGCUUUUAUGGCUUUGAUAAUAUUUUUUUCAACUUUUUAAGAAAAAGUUGCUAAACUACUUUUUUUAUGCUUUAAACAUGGUCAGUGAUGUUAGAAAUCAACUUACUGAUGCUUUAAAGGCAUAACCCCCUUAUUUUUAUUCGUUUUUGACACAAAAAUACUUUCUGAAAAGUCUCACUUAAUAAAAAUGUAUUUCGAAAAAAAAAAAAAAAUCCGACCUACCUACCCUAUUAAAUUAUUUUUAGCAUGUUACCGGAAACAAAGGUUGUCUUUUUUUAGGCCUAAUUCAUAUUUUCAUCAAAAUUUAUUCAGAUUUAGUUUUUAUGUUGUAGUAUAUGUGCUGGAAACAACAUAAGUGCAAAAAGUAUAAUAUCGAAAAAUAAAAGUCAGAUUUGAAAUUAAAAAAAAGUAGGAAGAAGUUUGUCAUGAACUGAUCUGAAUUUUUCUUCUCAUCAUUUUCAUUAGAAUUUUUUGACAGUUCUUAAAUGCUGGUACCAUUUUUAACUGUCAUAUUUCAAAAAUGUCAGAACAGUUUAUUUGUUAACUAUAUUGCCAAAUGUAUUAUAUAUUUUAGUGAUUUUCUACAUUUCGUUUAACUUCUGUUUUUUUCUACUUAAAAGUGUGUACCAACAUAGUUUUUCCCCUUGAACUUACACUUGAAUCAGAGGUGCACAAUAUACAUUGGUAUUUUGCCAAAUUCUGUACACAUUACAUUACAAAGUUAUAUUCUAUUUAAAGUUAUUUUUACAUAAUUUUGUUCUAUGUUUCAUCCCAAUGCAUUUAUAAUUGUUUUUCAAAGAAAGCCAGUUAUGUUAGCAGUAUCUCAUGAGUUAAAGGUUAUUUACAACCAAUUAUAUUGAAGCUUUUUUUUGCAUUAUAAGCAGUUUUAUUACCAUAUUUAGAAGUGUUUUUAUAAUCAGUGCUUAUUCAGAUACAAAAAAAGCUUUUCAUCAGAUAUCUUUAUAGAUAUGAUAACUUUUGCUUAAUUCCAAAAUGCUGUAUAUCUAAAAUUUUUUUAAUCAGUAUUCAGAUUUUGGUAUCAUUUUGUUUGUCUUAAAGAACUAAAACUAAUCAGUAUGACCAGAAAACAAUUCCCCAAAAGUCAUGUGGCUGGUUAAUCAUUAACAUUUCAAAACUUUCAACUUGUUUUUCUCAGAAUGCCAAAAUUGGACUGACAGCAUUGUGGAAUUAGGUCAAAAAUAAGGCAACACUGUAUAGCAAAUAGUUUGAAAUCAUUAAUAUUCAUGGGGCACUAAUUUUCAUUGAUUUUGUGUUUGUAUCAGUCCACAAAGUUAAAUUUAAAAAAGUAAAUUAAAUUCCAAUUCAUUUUACAGUCAAAAGUUGAAAUCAGUGUAUUCAUAUCUGUAGGAUAUAGCUGUUUGGGCCCAAACUUCAAAAAUUUUAUGCCCCAUGUAAUAUAAUGAUUUUGCAGUUACUAUAUAUUUUAGAACACUUUAACUUUAAUGGGUGCAAUAGUAGAGGAGAGAGAGUAGUAUUGUUGUUGUUAUUUGUUGAUGUUGUUAUUGUUAUACAUGUAUUGUGAUCACUUUAUUCCUCAAAUUAUAUAAGGACCGUUCUCUGUAAAAGUAUUUUGACUGGUAAAAUGAAUUUUUUUUACAUCAUUGUUAAUUUAUACCAUUUUGGCUGUUGCAACUGUUCAACACUGGUAAAAUAUUGAAAGGGGCACACCUCAAAAUUGUCAUCAGAAUUGUUAAAACAAAAAAGUAGCAUGAUCUUAGAGUAGUUGAUCUGUUAUGACAUUCAGCAGUUUCUUUGUGAUCCUUUGGUCAUAAGAGAGUAUUGUUUGUUCAUGAGAAGUGGAGAAUACAAAAAUUGCACACACAGAGUACAUCAUUGAAUGGAAAUAGCUGCUUGUCAUCACUGGUUUACUAACUGGAAUAAUACAAAUCAUGACAGUAAUUAACUUCAUGUAAUAAAAGAUACAUUAAAAUUCCUGCUUCAGUUUUACAGCACGAGAGUGACUUAUACUUAAAACACAUUUUCUACAUGUUUACAGAUUACACAAGUAUUUUCAGCUCACCUGUCACAAAGUGACAAGGUGAGCUUUUGUGAUCGCGCAGUGUCCGUCGUCCGUCCGUCCGUCCGUGCGUCCGUCCGUCCGUAAACUUUUUGCUUGUGACCACUCUAGAGGUCACAUUUUUCAUGGGAUCUUUAUGAAAAUUGGUCAGAAUGUUCAUCUUGAUGAUAUCUAGGUCAAGUUCGAAACUGGGUCAUGUGCGGUCAAAAACUAGGUCAGUAGGUCUAAAAAUAGAAAAACCUUGUGACCACUCUAGAGGUCACAUUUUUCAUGGGAUCUUCAUGAAAGUUGGUCAGAAUGUUCAUCUUGAUGAUAUCUAGGUCAAGUUCGAAACUGGGUCACGUGCUGUCAAAAACUAGGUCAGUAGGUCUAAAAAUAGAAAAACCUUGUGACCACUCUAGAGGUCACAUUUUUCAUGGGAUCUUCAUGAAAGUUGGUCAGAAUGUUCAUCUUGAUGAUAUAGAGGUCAAGUUCGAAACUGGGUCAUGUGCGGUCAAAAACUAGGUCAGUAGGUCUAAAAAUAGAAAAACCUUGUGACCAUUCUAGAGGUCACAUUUUUCAUGGGAUUAUCAUGAAAGUUGGUCAGAAUGUUUAUCUUGAUAAUAUCUAGGUCAAGUUCGAAACUGGGUCACGUGCGGUCAAAAACUAGGUCAGUAGGUCUAAAAAUAGAAAAACCUUGUGACCACUCUAGAGGUCACAUUUUUCAUGGGAUCUUCAUGAAAGUUGGUCAGAAUGUUCAUCCUGAUGAUAUCUAGGUCAAGAUCGAAACUGGGUCACGUGCGGUCAAAAACUAGGUCAGUAGGUCUAAAAAUAGAAAAACCUUGUGACCACUCUAGAGGUCACAUUUUUCAUGGGAUCUUCAUGAAAGUUGGUCAGAAUGUUCAUCUUGAUGAUAUCUAGGUCAAAUUCGAAACUGGGUCACGUGCAGUCAAAAACUAGGUCAGUAGGUCUAAAAAUGGAAAAACCUUGUGACCACUCUAGAGGUCACAUUUUUCAUGGGAUCUUUAUGAAAGUUGGUCAGAAUGUUUAUCUUGAUGAUAUCUAGGUCAAGUUCGAAACUGGGUCACGUGCGGUCAAAAACUAGGUCAGUAGGUCUAAAAAUAGAAAAACCUUGUUACCGCUCUAGAGGUCACAUUUUUCAUGGGAUCUUCAUGAAAGUUGGUCAGAAUGUUCAUCUUGAUGAUAUCUAGGUCAAGUUCGAAACUGGGUCACGUGCAGUCAAAAACUAGGUCAGUAGGUCUAAAAAUAGAAAAACCUUGUGACCGCUCUAGAGGUCACAUUUUUCAUGGGAUCUUCAUGAAAGUUGGUCAGAAUGUUCAUCUUGAUGACAUCUAGGUCAAGUUCGAAACUGGGUCACGUGCCUUCAAAAACUAGGUCAGUAGGUCUAAAAAUAGAAAAACCUUGUGACCACUCUAGAGGUCACAUUUUUCAUGGGAUCUUCAUGAAAGUUGGUCAGAAUGUUCAUCUUGAUGAUAUCUAGGUCAAGUUCGAAACUGGGCUACGUGCGGUCAAAAACUAGGUCAGUAGGUCUAAAAAUAGAAAAACCUUGUGACCACUCUAGAGGUCACAUUUUUCAUGGGAUCUUUAUGAAAGUUGGUCAGAAUGUUCAUCUUGAUGAUAUCUAGGUCAAGUUCGAAACUGGGUCACGUGCCUUCAAAAACUAGGUCAGUAGGUCUAAAAAUAGAAAAACCUUGUGACCUCUCUAGAGGCCAUAUAUUUCAAAAGAUCUUCAUGAAAAUUGGUCAGAACGUUCACCUUGAUGAUAUCUAGGUCAAGUUCGAAACUCGGUCACGUGCCAUCAAAAACUAGGUCAGUAGGUCAAAUAAUAGAAAAACCUUGUGACCUCUCUAAAGGCCAUAUUUUUCAUGGGAUCUGUAUAAAAGUUGGUCUGAAUGUUCAUCUUGAUGAUAUCUAGGUCAAGUUCGAAACUGGGUCAUGUGCUGUCAAAAACUAGGUCAGUAGGUCUAAAAAUAGAAAAAAGAACGAUGUCAUACUUAAAACUGGGUCAUGUGGGAAGAGGUGAGCGAUUCAGGACCAUCAUGGUCCUCUUGUUUUAAAUUACUAUUGCAUGCAACUUGCUUGAUCACUCUGAUUUUAUUUGUAAUUUACAAUUACUUACAAAUGAAAGUAAUUCCCACACUUUGGAGAAAAAAAAUUGGGAGGUAUGCCCCUUUAAAGACAUAAAACAUUUCUUUAACAACAAAAGACCAUUAUUUCUGAACCUUUGAAGACACAACCAGGUGGUCCUUUUUAACCAGCUGUUUGCAGCAGGCAGUUUUGAUUAACAGUAAGUUGAACAAGAACAUUUGAAGAAUGUACUCUCUUAAAGCAAAAAAAUAUGAAAUAAAAAGAAAAAUUAUGGUCUUUUUUUGUAGAAAACUAUAGCUCUGAAAUUUUUGUAGAAAAUUGUUGCAUGAAAAUUAAUUACCUUCUGAAAUUUUAGUAAAGAAACUGUAGCAUGAAAAUCAAUUAUCUUCAGAAUUUUUUUGCGGAAAACGAAAGUUACAUUCAGAAACAGAAGAAGGGUAAAUGAAAAUGUAGGAAAAUGGGGUAAAUUAAAAAAAAAAAUUAUUUGUACAACUAAAUGCUAUUUCUCUUAAAUAACUACACAUUUUCAUUUCAUAUACCUAGAUAUAUAUUGUUUUCAGACUAUUUGUUUUCUUAAAGUAUCGAAAUGUUUACAUUAAUCACUUAUACAUUUUUUAAAUUUAUUAAGCGGAAAAAAAAUGCAACCCAUUAAAAAGGAUAGAUAGUCUUGUUUUUUUUUCAGGGCAAAGGGCAAGAUAAUAGGGUGAUUAUAACAGUACCUUGAUCUGGCAUGUUGUGUUCAACUCGAGUAUGUAGAUUUGCAGCCAGGUCUGGAUCACACUAGGUGCUUGCACAAAGUUCAAUCUAGUCUAGCAAACAUUGCAAGAGUCGAAUGCAUCAUUGCAGAUAAGGUUACUACUUUAAAGUCCCUUUAAUUAUAUGCAUUUAUCUUUUUCUGCCUUUAUCUUAGUCAAAAUUAGCUAUAAUUUUAGGCAAAUAAUAACACUGAUUUGGAACGAUGGAUUUUCUGAUGCAUAGUGAUGUACUAUUUGAUGUCAUGAUUAAAGCAAGUCGUCCAACCAUCUGUUAUUUUUUUCCAUAUCAAAUGGGAGUUGAACACAUGAUUUUUUUUAAUACAAGCAGUAGUUUAAACAGAAAGUUUAUAGGUGUAUAACAACAGAGAAGAUUUUUGCAUAAUUUAUAAAAUCCCAAGGUGUUACAGACUUGCAUUUUUUAGAAUAUAUCAAGAUGAUUUGUAAACUCUUGAAAUCAUUAAUACUCAUAGACUGAGGUCUAAUUUUUGUGGAUUUCAUGGUUUUAUCAUCAUGGAUUUAAAUCCCAGGGAACAAAUAAUUUUUACAUUUAUUUUAUUUUUAAAACUUGAAAUCCACCAACUUGUAUCUUGGAUAAUAACUGUUCCAAAACUACGCAAUAUCAAGAAAUUAAGUGAUUUUAUGGUAGUUACAUUCUUCCUUGUGAAUUUCCUAUUUUUUUUUAUUCUCUAGUCAGCACUGUGUGACUUAUAUCAUUGUAGAAGAUUUUGUCUGUAUACGUCUUUAGUGAACAUAAAAAAAUAAUUAUUUUAGAAAUCAGUUUAUCUCCAAUGAAAAAAAAAAAUCCUUUUUUAAAAAAACAAAAUGGUUGUGAAUUUAAAAAUAAAAAGUGAUUUAGAAAGUUGUUAUAUUUAAAAAUCAAAAAUGUUAUUUUGCAUAAUUAUCUAUAUGAAUUUUUGGCAUACAUUCUAUUGUCACCCACCGGAAUAGAUUAAAAGUAUUCUUUAAA